AUGUCAUUUCCGGGAAGUCCUCUAGAGAUACUCAAAUCUUAUGGUAUCCGGACUAUAAGUUCCACUUUGAGAAGACUUGUGUCGUGCAAUUCGUCCAUUAGUUCAUCGAAAAUGAGAAUUGGGAAGCGUUUAGGUAUGAUGAUCUUGUUGAUCUCAUGGUAA